AUGGAUAAACUUUACGCAUAAGAAAUAAGAUAGAGAUAUCAUUCUUCUAUGACUUACUAAGAAUAUUUGGACACUUAUGAUAAACCUCCACCUACACCUUAAAUUAGGUAAUCUGUUAAAUUAUUAUUAAUUUAAGACCUAAAGAAACUCCUUAAUUAUUAGAACCAUUAAUCUUAGAAGGACAUAGAGGUCCUAAAAUAUAUUAAUAAAAAUUGACUGUCUAUUCUCCUGAUGAUGUAAUAUUUGAAGAAUCUGAAACUGAUGAGUAACCAAAGGCACUAACUCAUAUAUCAUGUUAAAGAGCAUUAAAAGAAUAUGUAUUUAAAUAAUAAACUUAAGAAUGUUAGAAUAAGAAGUUAGAGUGAGAAUUUAGGAUUUUCAGUAUUUAGAUUUUUGUAAUAAAAGAAAAAUAAAUUCACAUGA